AUGCCAAUAUUUGCUAGAGGAAAAGAACUGAAAUAUUUUUUUCCUGUUAUAGAUAACGAAAUAAGUAUUGAACGAAAAAUUACCCAGUUAAUGAGAAGUGAAGAAGAAGGGUUGAAAAAUGCUAUUAGAUUUCAUUCUCGUUUUUUUUCUCUGAUUGGAAGUGAACAUAAAAAAAGCCAAGAAGGUAAUAAAGAAACAACAAUGUAUGGAAAAUUAGACCAGACAAAAUUAUCUCAGUCAUUGAAUGACGAAAAGAAAUUAAGGGAACUAAUACAAAAAGAAGUAAUUCAUGAAUCAGCCCGAGGAAUUGCUGGAAUGGUCAAGUCUGAUACAUCAUUUGCCAUUGCCGAAAAACAAGGAAGAGAAUAUUAG